CGCAUGCGCACAUGAUCAAUCAAAUCGCGCGAAAUAUCUUUUCUAAAUAAAAUGUCACGCAAGAAAGGCCUGAGCGUCGAAGAGAAGAGAAGUCGUAUGAUGGAGCUUUUAUUCGAGAAGAAAGAUUUUUUCCAGCUGAAGGAAUUGGAGAAAAUGGGUCAGAAAGAGAAAGGCGUCACGUCUAUGUCUGUGAAAGAUAUUGUUCAGAGUUUGGUUGAUGACGAUAUGAUUGACACGGACAGGAUAGGAACUUCGAAUUAUUUUUGGUCAUUUCCUAGUAAAGCACUUCAUACACGUAAGAGGAAAUUAGCUGACCUUACCAAGCAAGUAGAGGAAGCUAAGAAACGUAAGUCUCACAAUGAGGCUCUUCAAAAGGAUGCAAAACAAGGAAAAGAUGACACAGAAAAGAGACAAUGUGUGUUGAAAGAAUUAAAAAACAUGAAAGACAAGAAAGGAAAACUUACAGCCGAAUUGGAACAAUACAAAGACCUGGAUCCAAAGACAUUACAGGAAAAAAGCAGGCAAACACGAGAGGCAAAAGAGGCAAUCAACAGAUGGACUGACAACGUAUUCAGUCUCAAGUCGUGGUGCAAGAACAAGUUUGGCAUUGAAGAGUCGGCGAUCGACAAGAACUUUGGUAUACCUUCAGACCUCGAUUAUGUUGAGUAAAUACGUGAGAACAUCCGAUAUAUCUAUAACACGU